AUAUGCUGUGGUAGACAGCUAAAAUAACAAUAAUACCUUGGUCAAUGUCCAAAUAUUUAUGGACCUGACUGUAUCAAAUGGAUUCUUCAAGAUUAGUAAUCCGAUCAGCUGCUCGUCAUUAACAAACCGCACUGCUACAAGAUACGAAGGGUCUUUCUCAGCCCUGUACGCUAUCUUGCUCCAUUUUCCAUUAUUUUGGACAAUAUUCAAGUUCUCCUUGAUUCUACCGCCAUUAGAUUCCCAAUCCACAUCAGUGUGUCCGCUUCCGCCAUCCUUCCUCCUGUCAACAAUCUAAGCCAACCCCGUCUGUUUUGCCCCAGAUCACCAUGGACCAACGCCACCAGUCCCACCACAGACCACAACAUCCAAACUCCAAUCACCACGACAACCACCAGUCAACAUUCAAGAGAGACAUGGAUGACAGUGGGAGAGGUCAUUUCCAACACAAGCGCUUCAGACCCGGUCAGAACCAUCACCCGGCUGGCCCUUCAACACCCCCAUCUAGCCCCCCAACCCAGAGCCUGAGCAUACAACGACAGCUGUACGAGAGAGACUUCCCCUUAUACAAACAGCCUGUGGAGGUGGGACAUUUCUCCCUGGACUCUGAGCGCAGGUUUUUCAAUGAUGCCCGGCAGCUGCGUUACUACGUGGAGCCGGAGAAGAGUUGUCCUAACUUCGACCUGAGGGACGGGUACAGGAGCCGCUUCGUCAAGAGGGACGACAGGGUGAAGGAGAAAUUGGACCACAUCCUCAGAUGGAUCCUGGCAAACAGGUCCAAGCUGCAGUCGAAGGACACAGCUGCUUCUUCUUCCCCAUGUGCAUUAGGUGUAGACAUUGUAACAUGGCGCGGCCACCUAACCAAGCUGUUGACCACGCCUUAUGAGACCCGGGAGGGCUGGCUGCUGGCUGUGACCAGGAUGGGGGGGACACUGUACAUCAGUGAGGUGGAGACGGAGGCUGCACGCCGGGACCGGGAGAACCGCACCGAGAGGCACGAGGAGAUGAUGUACUGGGGGUACAAAUUUGAACAGUACACCUGUGCAGAUGACGCCCAGAGUCUUCCAGAUCCAGGUGGGGUUGUAAACACCAACGAGGCCUUCUGCACUGUAGUCCAGACCCGGCUAGCCGAGCACAGACUGCUGUUCUCUGGCGAGGUGGACUGUCGGGACAAAGACCCCAAGGCCCCGUCUCCUCCAGCCAACUACAUCGAGAUGAAGACCUCACUGGAAAUCUCCACCCCCAAACAACGCAGCAACUUCCACAGGUUUAAACUACUAAAGUGGUGGGCCCAGUCCUUUCUUCCUGGGGUACCGCGAAUCGUAGCUGGUUUCCGUGAUCAUGACGGAGUGGUUGUGUCUGUGGAGACUUACCACAUCUCCAAGAUAUCUCAGCUUAUCAAGAAUGAAACCAACUGCUGGAAGCCAACUGUCUGCAUGAACUUCUGCUGUGAAUUCCUGUCCUUCGUGAAGAGUGUGGUCACAGAAGACAAUCCAAGGGUGGUGCACCUGUUCUCAUGGGAUCCACACCGAGACGUCACCUACUCCAUCCACAGAGACUCUCAGUACUCCUUCCUACCAGACUGGUACGUCAGGGAGAUGACCAGUUCAACCAGUCGUGAGACACACCACCACCCACCUCAGACCUGAUUAAGAACAAACCUGACAAUGGCCCAUAUUCACAAAGCGUCUCAGAGUAAGAGUGCUGAUCUAGAAUCAGGUCCCUCAUCCUAUUCAUUCUGAUUUAGUAGGCAAAACUGAGCCUGGAUCAGCACUCCUACUCUAUGCUUUAUUCGUACAGGCCAAGGUUUUCACCUUACACCAGUAUGGACUUGAAGCAAUACUUUAACGCUGAAACCUGUUAUUUGAUAAUGAAGUAGAAACACACCAAGCGCCCUGAAGGAGUAGGCGGGUUCUGACGGGUCGGUUUUUGACGAUAAAGAAAGCCGUUUUAUUGAACUUCCAUUUUCCUCCCAGAGUGGCUGAGUUAUAUAGUGUGGAUCAGCAUGGACUUUAGCAUUCACAAACCAGCUUUUGGGACUUCCUCACAAAUGGUGUCCAGGUUUACAGAAAACAUGUCUUUCCUAAUGGUUUGUGGUGUCUUUUUUUUAAUGUGUAGUAUUUACGUUUUUCACCUCAGAUUUGUAUUUUAUUUUAUUACAAAAUUCAGUGAUUUGAAUGUAACAGUUGCGGUUUGAAGUGUCUGCUCUGAAACUGUCGAACAAUAGUACCAUAACAAGAUUUCAUUUCCCAAUCAAACCUUUUUAUUAUUAACCCCAUGGGCAUAUCGAUCACUUAUCAUGUUAUUUUCUGGAGUACAUUAAUUCAAAUAUGCCACAUAAAAAAAACGAAAAACAUAUGCACUGUAAGAACAUCAAUAUUGCAUAAGCAGUUUUAACCAAAGUUUUCAUGGAAACUGUCCAGUGUCAGAAUGCAUUAUCCUUUGUCCUAUAAUAAAUUACACCUUCAUUGAA